GAGGUGAGGGGAGACUCCCAACUCCCAAAUGGAACCGGCCGCCUCCUCGCCGUCGCCGGAGCAGCCGCUGCUCGGCCCGGCGCAAGAAACCUCCUCCCCGGGUUCCGGGAACCAGACCUCUUCGCCGCCGCCAGCAUCGGCGGCGGCGGCGAGGCCGAGCCGCCUCGCGGCGCUCAUCGGGCGCGCGGCGGGGCGGCGCGGGCCGUCGAUGCUGGUGCGCGAGACGGCGGCGCUGCAGCUGGAGAGGCGGCGCGCCGACUGGGCCCACUCCCGCCCCGUCGUCGCGCUCGACGUCGCCUGGAACGUCGCCUUCGCCGCGGCCGCGGCGGCGGUGCUCGCCGCCUCCACCGCCGAGAGCCCCGCCAAGCCGCUCCGCCUCUGGCUCGUCGGCUACGCGCUGCAGUGCGUCGUGCACGUCUCCCUCGUCUGCUCCGGCGCACGCCCCCGCCCCGCCGCCCGCGCGCCAAGCCCCGACGUCGAGUCCGAUGCCGCCAACGCUGGGGCCGGGCCCAGCAGCUCCGACAGCGAGGGCGGUGACGACGAGGUGGAGGCGAUGGAGGAGAGGAUCAGCUCUACCGACCGUUGCGAGUCGGUAAACACUAUGAUCUCUUUCCUGUGGUGGAUCAUUGGGUUCUACUGGGUGGUGUCCGGCGGCGACGUGCUCGAACAAGGUGCCCCGAGGCUUUAUUGGUUAACUGUAGUUUUUCUAGCGUUUGAUGUCUUCUUCGCUGUGUUCUGUGUUGUUAUGGCCUGCUUCAUUGGGGUUGCGCUGUGCUGCUGCUUGCCUUGCGUUGUCGCAAUUCUGUAUGCUCUGGUUGGCCAGGAGGGUGCAUCAGAUGCAGAUAUUGGCGUUCUCCCCAGAUAUAAGUAUUCUAAUCCCAGUGAGGAUGGAGAAAAGGGAACUGAUGAGGGGGUUAUGAUCCCUAUACUGAAUAAUAGUGGAACAUCAACAAGUGAACGAAUUCUUCUUCGUGAGGAUGCGGAAUGCUGCAUAUGUAUCUCAUCAUACGAAGAUGGAGUCGAGAUAUCUGCUCUCCCUUGCAACCAUCAUUUCCAUUCAACAUGUAUUACGAAAUGGCUGCGGAUGCAUGCAAAUUGCCCACUUUGCAAGUACAACAUUCUUAAAGGCAACGACAAUUAAAACUCACAAAGGACUUACGCUGACAUAACUUCCAUACCCAAAGCCUGCAGGCAUGAACAUCCUGGAGCAAGCAGCAAGUGAGAAGAUUUGUGAUUCCCAUCCGUUUGUAAUCUAAUGAUAUCAAGAGAUUUUGUUCUUUGUGAGGAUUGGAUGUGUUUUCUGUUUAGGACACGGGCCAGUACAAGUGUACAUGAAUGUACUAUAACUGUGUGCUGUUUUCUGUAUAGGAAGGUCUCAGAAGUGGUUUACGGUUUGGUUU